AUUACACUGAAAUCAACGAGAGGGCCACUGGAGAUGACUUUUACGACUGUGCUAGUUUUUAGCAUAGCUUGUCUGACAACUACUACUGUCAAUGAAAUCUACGCAGAUUGCGAUGCAAAUUCGCGAUAUGACGAGGAGGAAGAAUAUGCGGAUGCAAAAGCUGUUUUUGAUGGGGUUGAUUUAAACAGGGAUAAUCGUAUUACAAAAGACGAGUUCUUGGAGGCAAUAAAAGAAAGAGGCAUAGACCUUGCACAGAUAGAUGUUGAUGGUGAAUUUGACAAAAUGGAUGAAAACAAAGAUGGAGUAGUUGAACCCGGUGAAUUUGACCACGAUUUGCAGUAAGAAACGCUAUUUGCAAUGAAACCAAUGGUUACUGUUGUAGUAUGGACAGUCAUUCUUACUAGGUAUUUCAAAGUCUCUCAGACACCAACUGAUCUGUAUUAUAAAUAAGGUGGUUCUAAGAAGCAAAAAUUCUACCUUUUUUAUUCCCGAAUCUGAUAUGACCACCACACUAUCUGUCAAAUUUUACGAAUAUAUGGAAUAAAUGGACGUGUAAAAACCA